AUGUCUGCCACAGUGACAUUGACCACAAGAACCACCUUGGUCACCCCCUGCGUCCUCUCCGUCUCCAAAUCCUCCUCCCACUCCAUCGCCAAAACCCCCGUUGCCUCCAUCACUCUCAUCCCCAACCACGGCGUCGACGGCGACUGCCACGCCGGCAAAACGACCCAGCAUCAAGCCCAGCCACAGGGCACCCCGAAUCUCCGACAGGUCCAUCUCGUCCCCGUCGAGACGCUCCGCGAGAUCUCGGCCAGACUUUCCACUGGUGCGGCGGGCCGCAACGCAAAGCCACUCUCGGCAGGGGAGAUCGGCGAGAACAUCACUACAGAAGGUGUGGAGUUGUCGACGCUCCCGCUGGGGACGGAGUUGCAUUUCCUCGGUGGUAGUGGCGAUGAGGAGUCUGUUGUGGUGUUGACGGGUGUCAGGGAGCCCGGACCGGGGAUGGACAAGUGUCGGGCUGGACUGAAGGAUAUUUGUGUGGUGCGAAAUGGGAGUCAGAAGGUUGUCAAGAGGUUGGCUGGGGUGAUGGGGACGGUCAAGAAGGGAGGCAUGGUCCGGCCGGGGAUGGGGAUCCGGAUCGUCAAGCCGGCCAGUGUGCGACCAUUGCCUGUUGUGUAG